AUGGGAUAUAGUCUAGUCUGGCAGAAUAUGUCCUCUUUUACCGCAGUUUCAUGGUUCAAUUCUGUGCCUUUUAGGUCUGUGAGUCUGCGUGGGCAGUUUGGCACUACGUAUUUAAACCAUUUCUGGCUCUUUUCAAUAGCGGCGGCUCCAAGCUCUAUAGCCCAGUCCGAUUGUCGAUCCAAGAGCAACUCGCGAGUAGCCGUGUCAGCAGUGCGAAUCGCCCAUCAAGUUUUGACGGUUUUAGCCUGUGGGAUCUUGUUUUGGUCAAUUCCGAGCUUUGUCGAGAUGUGA